AUGGUGGUGUUCACUUGUGGACAUUGUGGUGAAUCUGUUCAAAAGCCGAAAGUAGAAAAACAUUAUCUCACAAAAUGUAGAAACCGAAAUCCUAACUUGUCUUGUAUGGAUUGUUUUAAAGACUUUCUAGGUAAUGAUUAUGAAGCACAUAUCAAAUGUAUCACAGAAGAAGAGCGUUAUUCUGGAAAAGGUUUUACUGCAAAAGAAAAGAAAGGUGAGAAAAAGCAAAAUGCUUGGGUUGAGAUGUUGCAAUCUGUAUUAGACGAAUACAAGAAUACUUCUCCAAAUGUUCGCAAAAUUAUAGAAACUAUUAGCAAACACAAUAAUACACCUAGGAAGAAACCUAAAUUCAUUAAUUUUGUAAAGAAUGUAUGUGGGCAAAAGACAAAUCCGAAGGAUAUUGAUGAGGCUUGGAAUUUGAUUUCCGUCAAACUUACAGAACUGUCUAAUUUGAAUGCUCAAAAUAAAAAUCAAAACCCAAAGAAUGGAGUGUCAGAAGUAAACGGAAAUUCUGAUGCUAAUGUACAGAAUGGCAAUAAAAAAGAAAAUGAGACGGAAGAUGAAAAUGAAAUAGAAAAGAGCAUUUCACAAGAAACAAAUGGGCAUAAUGAUGUCUCAGAGAAAAAAUUGUCCAAGAAACAACGUAAAGAAGAAAAGAAACGUAAGAAGUAUGAGGCCGAAUUACAGAGUGCAGAACAACAACCGGCUGAUGAAGAAGUUGACGAUAUUCAGGGGAAAAAGAAAGGCAAAAAGAAUAAAAAUAAAACUAAUGGCACAACAACAGAAGAUGAGGUUCAAUCGGAAGGAAAAAAUAAAAAUAAAAAGAGGAAGCGUCAGGAUACAGCAACAACCAUUCCAGAAAUUGUUGAAAAUGAUGUUGAAAAUGACAAUGUUAAUAAAAUAAAGGUUCAGCAAAAGAAACCAAAAGUACAAGUAGAAGAAGAAGUUGAAGUUUCUCUUCAUGAUCAAAAUGUAGCUAAAAAUGAAGAAUGUGUUAAUCAAAAAGAAAAGUUUGAUUGGCAUGCAGUUAUAUUGUCUGUUUUACAAAAAAAGGAUAAUGAGGUACCUUUUAAAAGGUUACAGAAAAAAGUUCUUGCUGAAUAUUCCGACAUAACAGGAAAUGAAGUUGAUGAUAGGAUUGCUGAAAAAUUUAUUAAGAAGUUAAAAAGCGCACCUAAUGUUAGAGUUGAUAAGAAUAGAGUUUUGCUUGUGGAAAACGAUGAUUAA